GGCUGGCGAGGCUGGGCGGAGGGUCUCAAGUGAGGCCGGGCGAGGACGCGGGCAGGACUUGGGGCCUGGGGCCAGGGCCCCGCGCACGCCGCGCCGCGGCCCAUCCCCGCGGGCCCCGCGCCCAGGUCUAGUCUUGUUCAUUUGGAGGCGGAGACCUCGCUCGUUCUCUGCCCGCUGGUUCGCAACGCUUCCCCGCCUUCCCGGCCGGGUCCCCCGCCUCCAUUUCCGCGCUUCCCCGCUGGGUCGGCGGAGCCUGGGCCCGAGGUAUCCGGCUGGAUGUGGCGGUCGCGCCGCCGGGGUCGACCCUCAGGGAGGGGAGCGGGAGGCGCGAGUUUCGGGGGAGGCGGGGGCGCGGCUGCUCUGGUGCGUUGGGUUACAGUCGCCCAGCUUGUUCGGGGCGAGUGACAUCCACGCUCGCCUCGCUGCGAGUAUCCGGACCGAGGCGCUAAUUCGGGGGAGGCAGAGACUCCGCCCAGGCCCGCGGAAACGGGUGCUUCUGCUCUCUCUUCCCUCGCGCGAGAGGAUCAAUCUAAGGCUAAGAAAUGGCAUUUCAAAAGGCAGUGAAAGGGACUAUUCUUGUUGGAGGAGGUGCUCUUGCAACUGUUCUAGGCCUUUCUCAGUUUGCUCAUUACAAAAGGAAGCAAUGGUAUCUGAAACGAUAUUGGAGAGUGCCAGUGCCAAAGGUCACGAUGUCUAGUAUGGUGAACCUGGCCUUUGUUGAAGCAGCAGACUACGUCUCAGAACCUGUUAACAGGGAGCCUCCUUCCAGAGAAGCUCAGAUACUGACUUUGAAAAACACGUCUGAAUUCGAUGUACUUGUCAUUGGAGGAGGAGCAACAGGAAGUGGCUGUGCCCUAGAUGCAGUCACCAGAGGACUAAAAACAGCCCUUGUAGAAAGAGAUGAUUUCUCAUCAGGGACCAGCAGCAGAAGCACUAAAUUGAUCCAUGGUGGUGUGAGAUAUCUUCAGAAGGCUAUCAUGAAGUUGGAUAUUGAGCAGUACAGGAUGGUAAAAGAAGCCCUUCAUGAGCGUGCCAACCUACUAGAAAUUGCUCCCCAUUUAUCAGCUCCGUUGCCUAUAAUGCUCCCAAUUUACAAGUGGUGGCAGUUACCUUACUACUGGGUGGGAAUCAAGCUGUAUGAUCUGGUUGCCGGAAGUAAUUGCCUGAAAAGCAGUUAUGUCCUCAGCAAAUCAAGAGCCCUUGAGCAUUUCCCCAUGCUCCAGAAGGAUAAACUGGUAGGAGCAAUUGUCUACUAUGAUGGACAACACAACGACGCACGGAUGAACCUUGCCAUUGCUCUCACUGCUGCCAGGUAUGGGGCUGCCACGGCCAAUUACAUGGAGGUCAUGAGCUUGCUCAAGAAGACAGACCCCGAGACAGGGAAAGAGCGCGUGAGCGGUGCGCGGUGCAAGGAUGUGCUCACAGGGGAGGAAUUUGAUGUAAGAGCCAAGUGUGUUAUCAAUGCCACGGGACCUUUCACAGACACUGUGCGCAAAAUGGAUGAUAAGGAUGCCGCAGCUAUCUGCCAGCCCAGUGCUGGCGUCCACAUCGUGAUGCCUGGUUAUUACAGCCCAGAGAGCAUGGGACUCCUUGACCCAGCGACCAGUGAUGGGCGAGUUAUUUUCUUCUUACCCUGGCAAAAGAUGACUAUCGCUGGCACUACCGACACUCCAACUGACGUCACACACCAUCCUAUUCCUUCCGAAGAAGACAUCAACUUCAUUUUGAAUGAAGUGCGUAACUACUUGAGUUGUGACGUUGAAGUAAGAAGAGGGGAUGUCCUGGCAGCAUGGAGUGGUAUUCGCCCCCUUGUUACAGAUCCCAAGUCUGCAGAUACACAGUCCAUCUCCCGAAAUCACGUCGUGGAUAUCAGUGAGAGCGGCCUCAUCACUAUAGCAGGUGGAAAGUGGACAACCUAUCGAUCUAUGGCAGAAGAUACCAUAAAUGCUGCAGUCAAGACCCACAAUUUGAAAGCAGGACCAAGUAGAACAGUUGGGCUUUUCCUUCAAGGGGGCAAAGAUUGGAGCCCUACACUCUACAUCAGGCUUGUCCAGGAUUAUGGACUUGAAAGUGAGGUGGCCCAGCAUCUUGCUGCCACCUAUGGCGACAAGGCUUUUGAGGUGGCCAAAAUGGCGAGUGUGACGGGAAAGCGGUGGCCCAUUGUUGGGGUGCGUCUUGUGUCAGAAUUUCCAUACAUUGAAGCAGAGGUGAGAUAUGGGAUUAAGGAGUAUGCCUGCACUGCAGUGGAUAUGAUUUCACGUCGUACUCGCCUGGCCUUUCUAAAUGUCCAGGCAGCAGAGGAGGCCCUACCCAGGAUUGUUGAACUGAUGGCCAGAGAACUGAGCUGGGGUGAUUCUAAAAAAGAGGAAGAACUUGAAACAGCCAGGAAGUUUCUGUAUUAUGAAAUGGGCUAUAAAUCUCGAUCAGAACAGUUAACAGAUCACUCUGAAAUUAGCCUACUGCCUUCAGACAUUGACAGGUACAAGAAGAGAUUUCAUAAGUUUGAUGCAGACCAGAAAGGCUUUAUUACCAUUGUUGAUGUUCAGCGUGUAUUAGAGAGUAUCAGUGUCCAAAUGGAUGAAAAUACACUACAUGAAAUUCUGAAUGAAGUAGAUUUGAAUAAAAAUGGACAGGUUGAACUCAAUGAAUUUUUGCAGCUGAUGAGUGCUGUUCAAAAAGGAAGGGUGUCUGGAAGCCGGCUUGCUAUACUCAUGAAAACUGCAGAAGAGAACCUCGACAGAAGAGUUCCCAUCCCCGUGGACCGAAGUUGUGGAGGACUGUGAGUCUGAGCGUUAAAUCAAGACAACGAUGACUUGUAUCCUCGCUGAAUCCAUUACAGUAGGGACCAGGCUUAUAACCUGACUGGCCUGGGCAGAGCUGUAUUUGAAAAGAGGCCUUGUUUCUGCAUGCUUUUUUUUAUGAGUGAAGUUCCUUUAAGGACAAAGAAAAACGCACUUUUCUUCUUUUGAGCACAUCUGCUUUUGCUUAAAAUCUGCUAAUUCUAAAACAUACGCUCCUUCACCGAUCCCAGAGACUCAUCUUGGAAACGAGCUGGUUCCAAGUCUUUACUGUGAAUAAAGCACCCCUGCAUUUUUGUGUAAGUUCUUAAUUAAACCUGUACAGCUUCUUUACCUGAUUUCAGAAAAGGAGAGAAGAAAUGGGGUGGGGGGGGGAGGUGUGAGUGUGAUUCAAAAUCUAUUCCAAGCACAAAAGAAUUAUUUUCUUUUUGUAUAAACAUGGUAUCAGCUGAUUCUGUUGGGGUGGGUGUGAGGUGUGUAGAGAUUGUCUUUUAUCAAGUGAUUUAUUUAAAGAGGCUUUAUUAAGGGGAUUCAGGUGAAGGAACCCCCAUCUGUGGUGGAGAGCUGGAUGCUCCUUUCAGUAGCCCUUCCCGCAGUCAUAACAAUAGUGAUACCGCUGGAUUAUUUGUUAAGCCAAGGUUGUCUGCCUCAUAUCUUUCAUGCUGCUGCAACAUUCUUGCUUUCAAUCAAUUUCUACUGAGUGUAACUUUAGGAUUUCUACUACUAAAUGCAUGCUCCCUAUUUUGCUUUAGUUUCUAGCUUUGUUUUGUCUUUUUCAGAAUAUAUGUAGCUUACUCCUUUGUACAACAGAAAUUUCAUUCUUUUACUAAACAUACUGUAAGAAUGAUCAUUGAUCUUAUUUCCUUUUUUUAUGUAUUUGUAAAGAUUUUUGGCAUAUGAAUGUAAUAAUAUUGAAGUCAACGAUGCUAAUAACUUGCACUGUUUUGCAUUAUGUCAAUCCUUUUUAGGGAGUAAAAGAGCCCUACUGUGCUUUUAAAGAAUAUCAAGUAUAAACCCAGUACUGGAGUCGAUAUACACACUGCAUGUUUUCAUAUAUGGCAAUUUUUAUGUAUUGUGUUGGGUUAUUGUUCUAGAUUGGACUCUUAAAUACUAUGUUUGAGGCUGGGUUGUCAUUUUUAUAACUGUCUUGGUGUUUUAUCACCAUUAUUUAUUACUCUUGAUAUACAGAAUGAGCUGCAUGCAUUUAUAGAGCAAUAAGAGGAUGUAUUUAAUGUGCCUUGUUUUUAACUGAAUAAGAACUGAAAGCAUGAAUCAAUAAAACUGAUUAAAAUGGGCCA